AUGUUGCACUCAUUUGAUGCCUCAAAGGCUACUAUCGAAGCUUUGACCAAGAACGACAUCAUCCCAGAUGUGAUUAACCCAAAUUUCGUUAAACCAUUGGGUGUUCUUUCUGCUGAAUAUUCAAAGGAGGAACCUGUCGCUAUGGGUAAUCAAUUGACCAUCAAGGGUACUCAGUCAAGACCAACUGUUCACUUCGCCCCUGAGGAGGCUGCUUUGAAGGCUUCUGACCUCCUGACUCUGGUCAUUACCGAUCCAGAUGCACCUUCUCGUACCGAUAAGAAAUGGUCAGAAUUUUGCCACUAUGUGGAGUCUGACAUCAAGGUUUCUGAGACUGAAGGUGGUAUCCUAGAAGGGGGUAAGGUUUUACAACCCUAUGUGGGUCCUGGCCCACCAGCUGGUACUGGUCCUCACAGAUACGUUUUCUUGUUGUACAAACAACCAGGGGGUGUAACCGCAUCUGAGUUGACUCCAAUUAAGGGUAGACCAAACUGGGGCUACGGUUCUCCUGCUACUGGUGUUGAGAAAUGGGCAACUGAAAACAAAUUGCAACCAAUAGCAGCUAACUUCUUCUUCGCUGAAAGCAGUUAG